AUGUCCAACAGCAGCUCCAUCACCCAGUUCCUCCUCCUGGCAUUCGCAGACACACGGGAGCUGCAGCUCUUGCACUUCUGGCUCUUCCUGGGCAUCUACCUGGCUGCCCUCCUGGGCAACGGCCUCAUCAUCACCACCAUUGCCUGUGACCACCACCUCCACACCCCCAUGUACUUCUUCCUCCUCAACCUCUCUGUUAUUGACCUGGGAUCCAUUUCCACCACUGUCCCCAAAUCCAUGGCAAAUUCCCUCUGGGAUAACAGGAUCAUCUCCCACUCAAGAUGUGUUUCUCAAGUCUUUCUGCUUGUCUUUUUCAUUUCAGCAGAGUAUUCUCUUCUCACCAUCAUGUCCUACGACCGCUACGUUGCCAUCUGCAAACCCCUGCACUACGGGACCCUCCUGGGCAGCAGAGCUUGUGUCCACAUGGCAGCAGCUGCCUGGGGCGCUGGGUUUCUCCAUGCUCUGCUGCACACGGCCAAUACAUUUUCCCUGCCCCUCUGCCAGGGCAAUGCUGUGGAACAGUUCUUCUGUGAAAUCCCUCAGAUCCUCAAGCUCUCCUGCUCACACUCUGACCUCAGGGAGGUUGGGCUUCUUGAUGUUACUGCCUGUUUAUUGUUUGGCUGUUUUGUUUUCAUUGUAGUGUCCUACGUGCAGAUCUUCAGGGCAGUGCUGAGGAUCCCCUCAGAGCAGGGACGGCACAAAGCUUUUUCCACGUGCCUCCCUCACCUGGCCGUGGUCUCCCUCUUUGUCAGCACUGGAACAUUUGCCUACCUGAAGCCCCCCUCUAACUCCUCCACAUCCUUGGACCUUGUGGUGUCAGUUCUGUACUCAGUGGUGCCUCCAGCACUGAAUCCCCUCAUCUACAGCUUGAGGAACCAGCAGCUCAAGGAUGCAGUGUGGAAACUGAUAACUGGAUGGUUCUCUAGCAAUGAGCUGCUCAUCACCUUCUUCAUAGCAGUUAUCUCAAAUCAUGGCAGGCCCAGACCGGCUUCUGUGGAGUGCAGAGCUGUGGCACAGCUGCCUGCAGAGGUGAAGCUCUUCCUGGUUCGGCCCGGCCAAAGUGUCCCCUCGGCUCUGCUGGGCAAGCAGGUCCACAAAACUCCGUUGCAGUCGGCGGUGGCUGCAAGGUCCCCCGGCUUCAGAGUGGACAACGGUGGUUGCCACGUCUAUCUGGCUCCACAGCGGAUGAUGGCAGUUGCCAGGUCUAUCCGGCACCGGGGGCGGUCACCAGGUCUCGCCCGCUCCAAAGGAGGUCAUCAGGUCUCACCGACUCCGGAGCAGAUGGUGGCUCUCGCCAGGUCUAGCUGGCUCUGGCGGCAGUCACCGGCUCCACCUGGCUCCGGGGGCAGUCAUCAGGUCUUGCUAGUUCCAGGGCAGAUGGUGGUGGUUGCCAGGUCUACCCAGCUCCAGCGGAGGUCACCGGGUCUUGCCUGUGUGCAGGAGCGGUCCCCAGGUCUCGUCGGCUCCAAAGUGGAGGGUGAUGGUCACCAGAUCUACUUGUCUCUGGAGCUGGUUGACAAGUCUCGCCAGCUCCAAGGGAGGUCACCAGGUCUACCCGGCUCCGGGGGUGGUCAUCGGGUCUUGCUGGUCCCAGAUUGGACUUUAGCAGUUGCAGGGUCUAUCUGGCUCUGGGGGCGGUCGCCAGGUCUACCCAGCUCCAGCAGUGGUUGUCAAGUCUACCUGGUUCCAAAGGAUGUCGGUCCACUGCUCUGGAGCAAUGGCGGUGGUCACCAUGUCUACCUGGCUCCAGGGGCACGCCCCAGGUCUCGCAAAUUCCAAGGGAGGUUGUCAGGUCUACCCGGCUCCAGAGAGAACAGUGGCAGUCGCCGGGUCUACUCGGAUCGGGGUGCAGUUGCCAGGCCUAUGUGGCUCCAAGAGUUUGUCAGGUGUACUCGGCUGUAG